GUUUGGCCACAGUUUAAACUCUGCGCCACCAGUCGCUAAAAUUGUAGGGAAUAUGUUGAACACAAGAACUGGUAAAGCACGUAAAGCUCUACCGAAACGCCCAGUACCAGAAGGCGAAUCAUCAGAGUCAAGUGAAGAAAUUAAAUCCCCAAGAUCUUCAUCUUUUGACUCUUUAGUUAUCAGUCGACUGGAAGAAAAAGAAGAACUUCAGCAUUUAAAUGAUCGUUUCGCAAAUUACAUCGAACAUCUUCAUAAAAACAUCUUCAAUAAAGAGUUCAGUGGUCAUAUUGACCUUUUAACGAAUUCUUUAAAAAAUGAAAUGGAUGACUAUGUAAAAGUUUUUUCAAACGAAGUUGAAUUAUUGCGCCAAAAUUUAAAUAAAACUUCACUUGAAUUAACUAAUGCUAAAAUUCAGUUGAAAAAGUCCACAUCUGAUCUAGAUGAAACAAUUAAACAACUUGAGCGUUCAAAAGCCAAUGAGACUGAAAUGGGGAAUAAAAUCGCGUCAUUAAAUGUUCAACUAUCUCAGUUACAAAAUCAAUUGGACGUAUGUAACAAUUACAAAACAGAUUAUGAUUCAUUGAUGGAUCAACAUAAAAUGUUAAAAUCUCAGUUGGAAAAUGAAACUCUGAUGCAUACUGAUACCAAAAAUAAGCUACUUACAGCUUUAGAACAAUUAGAGUUUAAAAAUCAGCUAUUAGCGAAAGAACGUAAUAUCUGGAAUAGCGAAUCAAUUCAAUCGCAUUUAACGUCUAUAAUCAAAAGUGUCGAAGCAAAUUCUCAUGAUAAACUAUGUCAUUUAUUAUCUGAAAUACGUUCACAAAUGACGAUACAAUAUGAUCAAGCAAAAAAUAAAAUAAAAGAGGGUUUGAAAGCAACUUUAGAUGCAGAAAAAUUACGAUCAAAUUCACUUGAACAAGAUCUUAGAAAUAAAAUAACUGAAUGUCAACGUUUAUCUCAGUUAGUAUCAUCACAGUCAAGUGACUUAUAUAAUUGUCGUCAUGAAUUAGAAGCUACUCGUAAACAGCUUAAAGAUUUUGAACAACAAUUAAAAUUUAAUGAAGAUAAAUUACAUGGAAUAAUUAGUCAACAUCGUUCAGAAGUAGAACGUUUAUUAGAACUAUUAACGGAUAAAUCAACUGAAUGUACUGAAUUAGCUGGAAUAAAAAUUCAAUUAGAUGCUGAACUUGCAAUGUAUAGAAAAUUGUUAGAAGGUGAAGAAUCUCGCCUUCAUCUAUCUCCUACAGAAAAGAUCCUAAAAGGUAAACCAAUUGUUCGAACAAAUAUAACUCCUACCAAACGUACAUAUAGUGACAUGUAUACAUCUUCAUUAAAAUCAAAACAACAAUCAACUGGAAGUUGUCUUCAUGAUGUUGAUUUAGAUCAUACAGAUACUAAUAAUAUUGUGCAAUCUUAUCCUUUGACAACUGAACGUGAAAUAUCAGAAAUUUCAGAUUCACACUCAAAAAUAACCAAUAUCGACUUCAAUUUACAUAGUUCUGGCUUAUCUACGUUUCCUUCAUCAUCAAGUUUAAUUGGAGAUUCUUUACGUAUAACAUGUCGUGCUGAUGGUCCAAUACAUUUCUCUAGCGCAGAUCCUGGAGAGGGUUUACUACGUAUUUACAAUGCUAGUGAAGAUGCUAUUGAUUUAAGUAAUUGGCAUCUAUACGCUGGACCAACUCAUGAAGGUUCAUCGGAUUACGUAAAACUGUAUACAUUUCAUAAAUCUCAAAACUUGCAACCACACACAGAAUUGCAAGUUUUUCUUUGCUUCGCAUCUGAACCUUCACAAGUCUCUUCCGCUAAACGUGUUCGUCCUGAUGUCAGUGCAAUUUUGCAUCUAAUCACUCCAGUAUCUGUUUGGAAUCCUUACAGUAGUUUAAUUGCACUUCAAGAUUCAACUGGUUCGGUUCGAGCCACUUGUGAAAUGGAAUCAUACUGUAGAAAAUCUGAUAAAAUAUCAACAUCAGAUGUUAUUGCCGUUGAUGAUGAGGAAGACGGUUCAAGUGAUAAAGUUUCCUCAGUCUGUUCAGAUAAUGAUUUCACCUCAAACAAUGAUCCACAACAACAAACUGUUGAAGAUAACAAUUUAAAUAAAUCAGUGGUGAAGAUAACGCGCUUGUCAGAAGAGACAACUAGAACAUUUCAAAGUCAUGGUGAAUAUUUUGAUUUACCGAAACAUGUUAGUUCGGUACGAUUUCGUAGUGAUAUUUGGCCAAAUGAAGUAAGUAUUAAACUUUCAUAUUGGGAUCAUUUCGCCUUCAAUAUUCGUAAUACUCAUCUCAGUGGCGCAGAACAAAACGGAUUCAAUGAAAAUUUUAGUUUAAAAAUAAGACUUGUAGGUAAACUAAAUCAAAUUGUGAUUAAAAAUGAGUAAGAGCUGAACCGAAUCUGGAAGUAGUAUUGUAAUGAAAUAAGAUUUACAGCAAUUGGUGAUUUCAUUGGGAUGAAAUAACUUGGAACUGUUUUGUACCAGUUUAAUCUGUAUAGAAUUACACUGGUAUGAACUGAUGUAUAUCCUGUAUUAGAACCAUAUCUUAAAUAAUGAUACCACAAUAAAAUAAUCGAACGAUAGUGAUUCUACUAAUAAAAAGAAAUAAACGAAUUGUUGCUAUGUCGAUAACAUUGUCAGAAGAAAGGACUUGACAGGGUUUAACCGUUAUCAAAAUUAAUUGUAAGUGUUACUACACAAGUACACCCAGCUGACGAGUUUCAAGCAGGACGAAACGCACAUUCUGGAUUUCAUUGCUUGUGACUUAAGACAAUAUCGAAGCAAUCCUCACAGGAUGUACAUGCUCCAAUAAGAGACUAAUCAGUCGCAGUCGUAAACGUCAAUGGGAAAAUUCAAACAAUCGAUACAAAGAUGAAUUAUCUACAUGACAACCAAUCGAAUUGAAAUAAUAAAUAAUUAAUCUUUAUUUGUUUAAUAGUCCAAACGAGUGUAUACAUUUAUGUACGAACUUAUUCGUAAAGGAAUUUACCAUUACACGUUUUUAAUGCUUAGAGUUAAACAUUUAUCUUGAACCAUAGUAUAUCAUUUAACACUGAUAUUCUUAUAACAAGACAAGGAGUAUAUUCGCCUCUAUUAUUACAAACAAUUUGAAGGGAUAUCAUUCUACGUCUCUAACCAUUGGUUACGAUAAUCACAAGAACUCUAGCCAAGGUAGUCUGUGCCUAUUUAUGAGGCUAAGUCUAAUUGUUAGGGAUUUCAUGAACUAAUACCAUGUUUACAAAUUCUUUAUUUACUGAGUUACUGAAUCUUUAUGUUCUCUCAACUUCUAAUCUUCUGUAUUCUUUAUGUCCCUUUUCUUUUUCUCGUUCCAAAUUUAUUUCACUGUAUUAUACUCCUUGGAUAACAUCGUCAAGCCCUAAUGUUUCCGAUUACUGCUUAUACUUUUACUACCUCUACCACUAUGGGAUUUGAAUCGACAACUGCAUCUCUGUGUUAAUAUGGUAUGGCAACUCGAACUGAUGUACGUACGUACGUACGAAGUUCUACGUUGUUACUGAUUGACAGACUGAGUUACUGAAUCCAGACAGUCAGUACAUUAUACUUUUUUAAAACUUACAUUUAUCAAGCCUACGAAUAGACAUCAUGUGUUUCCAUCACCCAAUCUUACUUCUGUUUUUUUUUCCAGUCCCAUUUAUUGAAGGAAGGAUCACGUAACUAUACGUGUACAUUAUUAUAGUUGAUAAUGAAUUAAUUCAUGAAGACCGUCGAUUAUAUUUUGUUCAAUUACAGAACAGUAUUUUUCAUCGAAACAACCAACCGAAACACACACACACACACACCGUGGGACGUAUGUACAUGCUGAUCAAUAUGAAUGAAACAAAGUUGUUCUUUUAUAAACUGAUCUGAAUUAAAUAACUUUUAUUUUACACAUUAUAUCAUAUAUCAUAUCAAUUAUAUAUUCAUAUAAGUGUUGAUUAAUUUAUCCCUCCGAAAUUAACUUUAUCUACUAUGGAUUUUUAUUCUUAUUUUCAUCCAUUGAUUCAUACUUUUAUAGUGAAUCUCACAAUUGGUGGGUUUAUUUUUGUCGCUUAAACAUUUGACUCUAUUUGUGUUAAAUGUUUAGUCUUUCUUCAGUAAUAAUAACGCCCUGUGUAAUUGGUUAAUUGUCUCCAAUGUGUUUUUUUUUUCAUUCAAAAAAUUGUUAUCCUAUGGAAAACAGUCUAAUAGUUGUUGUGUUAUUUUUAUUCUCUGCUAUGAUCGGUGCUCGUCAAUUGUCCAAUUAAAGAAAAGAAACCCAUUGUGAUACAUUGUCAUUAUAUACCUUUAAAUUGUGUAUUCAUGCUCUGUUUAUCUAUUAUUACGCAUAUGUUUGUAUCCAUACUACUAAAUUCGUUGACUUAAACAUAUACACAUCGAGACAAUAUUAUUUUGUAUCAAGCACUAUUAUUUCAUUUCAUUUGCACAAUUACCACACUUUAUUCUAUUUCUAUCUCUAUCCAACAUGUUUUUGUUGGUUAUUUUCUUAAUUGACGACUUGUUUAUGCACGUUUUGACUUUCGCGUAUUUUAUUUGACAUAUUAUGUUUAAAUCAAGAGAAAUUCUGUUGAACAAUUACAACAAAUAAUUUAUUUGUUUUUUUUUUCUUUCUUUCUUACAGUACUUCACAUUAAGUACUUUCUUUAGUUAUGUGAAUAAAUGAGACUUUAUAAAAUAGUUUUUAUGGUUACGAAUACUGUGAGAACUAUGUUCAGCCCAGUAGCAAUGAAGUCUAUACAUACAUAUACACAAAUUCUUUGUACUGAUUUCUCUGUGUAGUUGAAUUUAUUCUAAUUUUAUGUGAUAGAUAAUGCUUGAUACUGUUCCGUGUUCAAAGUGUUAACGUUGAGAUAAUCAGUGCUGAACAUAUGAAACGGUGAUUGUUAAUGGAUAAAUCAUAAACUUACUCUGAACUGUUUGCAUGUUAUCACUUACACCAUUGUUGUAUAUGAUGAUGAAUUCAUUGAGAACUUGGUUUUGUGUUUCGAGCAAUUGUACAUCUUGAUAAUUUCUACAGCAUCAUUGCUUUCUUUUAUUUUUGAAAAAAAGUAAUACUUAUUGUGAAAGAAAUAUAUGCUUUCUGCUUA